UCGUACACUGGGUACGCUUGUGUAGCCUGGGUGGACAGUGUGGUUACAUCAAUAUAAAGUAGAAUAAAAUGCCGCGGAUGUGUGUAAAUAGAGACGCCUCUUCAUCGCGACUGUAUACUGCCUCUUAGUUAAGACGGGUCAACUCCGAGGAAGGUGGCACCAGGGCUAAUUUCGGGGUUUAUCAGCAAUAUUUCAGGGAGAGGAGCGACGUCCUCCAUGCCGCAGCAGCUGCACACAUCAGUCCCCGCUGAAUAAAAGAUGAACUGAGGACCUCGUCCACAUUUCCACGUCCCAAACCGCUGCUUCUCUCCCGCUGCCCUUUCAGAGCAAGAGUUAACCGUGUUGCCUCACCACACCUGGACACAGAGAUGCGCGUGCGUGCAUGUCCUCGAAAUGCAUGACUGUGUUUGAGCGUCUUUCUGCUUCGCUUCCGUACUCAUCUUCAGAGAGGCACUUUUCCACUUGACUGACUCUAGCAUUAGUGUUCACGACUACAAAGCAUAAUGGGGAGGAAAAAGAUUCAGAUCCAAAGGAUCACCGACGAAAGGAACAAGCAGGUCACAUUCACGAAGCGAAAGUUCGGCUUGAUGAAGAAGGCCUAUGAGCUGAGUGUGUUGUGUGACUGCGAGAUCGCCCUGAUCAUCUUCAACCACGCCAACAAGCUGUUCCAGUAUGCCAGCACCGACAUGGACAAGGUUCUGCUCAAAUACACGGAGUACAACGAGCCGCACGAGAGCCGGACCAACGCAGACAUCAUUGAGACUUUGAGAAAGAAAGGUUUCAACGGCUGCGACAGUCCAGAGCCGGACGGCGAAGACUCAAUCGACCAAAGUCCUCUGAAUGACGACAAGUUCCGUAAAACCACAGAGGAUUUGGACGUCCUCUUCAAACGCUACGGCCAGACGGCGGCUCCGCCUCAGACCUUCUCCAUGCCAGUCACUGUCCAGGCGUCCAAUCAGAGCACACUGCACUUCAGUAAUCCUGGCAGCGCACUGGUAACUACCUCCUAUGUCACAUCAUCAUCGCUCACGGAUACCCACCUCCUGUCGCCGCAGCAACCGGCUCUCCAGAGAAAUACAGUGUCUCCGGGGUUGCCACAGCGACCGGCCAGUGCAGGUGCUCUCCUCGGAGGCGACCUGAAUAAUUCAAACGGAGGAUGUCCAAGUCCAGUCUCUAAUGGAUACACCAGCGCCAGGGCCUCCCCAGGUCUGCUCACCGUCUCCAACGGCAACAGCCUGGGGAAAGUAGUUCCGGCCAAGUCGCCGCCUCCGCCUCCGAGCCCGCAGAUGGUCAACAGCCGUAAGCCAGACCUGAGAGUCAUCACCUCGCAGGGCGGGAAGAGCCUCAUGCAGAUGACAGAGGAUGAGCUGGAAUUGGUAAACGAGAACGCCCAGCGGCUGGCGGCCGGAGCCCAGGUGGCACAAACCCUCACCACACCUGUGGUGUCUGUAGCCACACCGAGCCUCCUGGCACAAGGCCUGCCCUUCUCCGCCAUACCCACAGCGUACAACACAGAGUACCAGCUGACCAGUGCGGACAUCACUGCUUUACACGCUCUGGCGUCACCAGGCGGCCUGUUGCCGACCAGCGUGUCCACGUGGCAACAACAGCAGGCCGUCUCCCAGCAACAACAACCCCAACAGCAGCUUAACCUUGCAUCACUCAGCAACUUGGUCAUGUGGGGCGUGGACAAACAGAGCAGCGAGCUGUCUAGCCAAGUGUCCAGUCUGGCUGCCAAUCUGAGCGUUGGCUCUCCGUCCAACCUGCUCUUGGGUAGAGAUGAGUGGUUGGGCCGGCCGGCAACCCACAUACCUCAAGGCGCCAUGCUGACCGUCAACACCAGCUCCGGCGUGAGCAUCAAGUCGGAGCCGGUCUCACCCGGCCGGGACCGGAGCACCCCGUGUCCUCCCCCCGCUCCGACUCCGUCCACCACGCCGUCCUCCACGUCCGGAGGCGGCAUCUUGACGGCGCCGCCUCAGUACCCCAGCUCGCUGCUCUGCCUGGAGCCGCCGACGGGCCGCUCGCCCGCAGACAGCGUCAGCAGCAACGCCAGCUCCUUCGAGGGCAGCGACCGCGAGGACGCCAGCGCCGCUGGCGGCGGCGGUACCGGAGGCGGAGGCACCGAGCUCCUCAGGGUGUCGAACGAACCGGAUCAGGAAGGAGGAAACGUAAAACGCAUGAGAUUGGACGCCUGGGUCACAUAGAAGCCGCCUCUCGUCGCCCAGAGGAAGUUCUGACUCGUAAACACUUACCUUCAUUAUUAGCCCCCCACGACCCCGUGACCCCACCACCCCACUGCCAUGUGACACUAUCACCACACGUCUGCACCUGUCCUGCAUUACACGCCGCCAUCUUGAACUCACAGGGCUUUGCCAAAAACAGACUGGUUUGGAUGUCUGCGUUCAGCUGGAUUCGGGUUUUCAAGUCUUGAACGGAUUUCUGUCAUGAUUUUUGAGGCGUUUGACCUUUUUUAUGCAAUUCAACGCAACCACAGAACAUUUUUCAUGUGGUUUCUCAGUGACCUUCUCCUGCUCGCGUGGAGGAGCGUGGAUCGGCGGCUCCUCGGCGUUACGGGACGCCUGCUGCAUGACUCGUCACUUCCUGCUCCUGCAAUCCCACGGCGUUUUGAUCGCGUGCUGUCCAUCUUUUCCCCGUGAUUUCACCUGGAGAUGUUUGAGGGCUGCUGGGAAAUGUUCGACCAGACGCUUCAGGUACGGGGUUCCUCCACUGCCUGGAAAAGUCUGGAAUCUGACUUCAGGAUUUUCCAUGUCUGGAAAAACAAGAGCUUGGAAAAAAAUCAGCACUUCCUCCCAAUUUGUCCUUUGUGUUUCCAACCCUGUUGUCUUUCUGUAUUUAUGUCCUACUUCCUUUCCUAAUGUCCUUUCUUUAUCCAACUUUCUUUUUAGUGUCCUUUAAAAAAUUUUUGUGUCCUUCUGUUUGUUGUCGUCUUAUUUGUGUCCUUCUUUCCUUCCUAAUGUCUCCCCUUCCUUGUCUCCUACUUUCCUUUUGUACUUUUAGAGUCUUACUUCAUUUUCAACUUUUCUUUCCUCGUCUCCUAUCUUCCUUUCUAGUGUUUUCCCCUCCCUUGUGUCCUAUUUCUUCUCCUAUCUCUCCUCCAUAAAGUCCUAUUACCUUUUCUACAAUCCAUCCUUCCUUACAUCCUUCUUCCUUUCCUAUUGUCCCUACAUCCUUGUGUCUUACUUCGUUUUAGUGUCCUUCCUUUUUUGUUCUACUUCCUUUCCUAGUGUCCUUCCUUCUGGACAUUCCUUCGUUGUAUACUACCUCCCUUCCAAGUGUCCUUCUUUCCUAACAAUCUGGUGUCCUUUUUUUGUGUUCUGUCCUCCCUUCUUUCCUUCCCUAUUUAAAUCCCUCCAUCAGUAGAAAUGUCUCCCUCAGAUAAAUUUCGUAUUGAUGCUCCAUAUGAAAAUUGGGGCCGAUAUCAAUAAUGCUGUUUUGGCCGAUAACCGAUAUAAAUAUAAAUAUAUUUCUCUAGUGUUUUGACACCUUUGGGGGGAAAAAACAAACGGCAACAAGAUGGAAAUAAAUAUCGGUUGUUUGGUUUAUCGGGCCGAUCCUUCAGAGUCCACAGUGGGAGUUCUGGUGUGGGAUUUUUCCAUGGAGAAGUGAAGGAACCCUGUUGGCAGGAAGAGCCUCCAGAAACGGGGCGGAGUCGAGCGCCAGCGUGUCCACGUCGGCUCUUCUUCUUCUUCUUCUUUUUCAAAACGGAACCGGACGCCAAACGUCUCCCUGGAGACGCGGCAGACUUUGGGAGCUCCUCCAUCCAUAGGAACUUUAUCGAGCCUCGUUUAGUUUUCUUUAGUAUUUGGUUCUUCGGAGUCCAAGUGUUCUUUAUCUGUUGGUAUUUUAAACAUGUUUCGCAGGUCCGUUAGUCGUCCAGAGGUAGAAGUUCAGACUUUGUAUUAAAAAAAAAAAAAAAAACAUAUUAAAAAAUAGGAAGAAAAAAAAAAUCACUCCUUAUACAAAAGCUUUGAUGUCCUCUUUAGCUCUCUAUAUCCCUCCAUAGCUGUGUUUGGAAAAGUGAAAGGAAAACAGACUUUUUCUAUAUUUCUACCGCUUCGAGUCGGCGACAAAGUGAAAUAGCUUUUUGGCUUCAACCACGUCUCUGUACAUAAUGAGUAUAUUUGCAUAGACUUUGCUAGGUAUCCCUAAAAACAAGCAAUGUGUUGAUUCUCAGUGGAUCUGUCCGCAUAUAUGAGUGUGACUUUGAUAUGUUUCUGGAGCCGUGUUGCAGGGGGCGGGGCUAGUUUCAGUAAUCCUCCAUUUUCUUCUAGUGUUGAUGGCGUGCGCACUUUGUCUCACAGAGGCCUGUUUGGUUGUGGUGUCAUUAUUACUCUCCUGCCACACAUCUUAAAAAACCCACAAAUGAAGGUAAAUCGUACACCGUGACGUAAACUCUUUAUUACUAUUCUUGUUAGGAUUAUCAUUAUUAUUAUCAUUAUUAUUAGGACACUGCCAUUCACUUAUAUUGUAGCGAUGGAGAUGAAAUACACUUUGAAUUGAGUGUACCAUGUAAAAAUGUUUUCCACGUUAAGCAGACACAGAUGAUGCCGGCUUUCCUCUUUGCAGAUUGGUUUCGAGUUUUCUGUUCUUCAAAUGUGAGCCCAGGUGGAGUAGAAAGCUUGCUGACGAACCCAUGACAGUUUGAUCUGCCCCGAUAAGGAAUUAAGAUGCUAAUAUUUCACCUAAAAUCAGGUUGGAGCUCCGGACUUUCAGAAAUAUUUGAUAAGCAGCUUCUCUGUCGUGGUUUCGGAACAAAAAUGCAACAUAUUUGUAAACAGAGACUCCAAAGAAGCAUAGAUUAGGCUUUUUCUGAAACAAUUAAUCGGAUUAAUCGUGAAGAAUAGAUUAUUGGAACAAUCGUCAAUCUAAUUAGUAAUUAAUACUUACAAAUUCAAAAAGAAAAUUAUUUGCUGAAAGAAAGGUACAGUCAGCGAAAAAAAACUCCAAAAAUAUAAACAUUUUGGAAAAAAAAGCUGAAGGAAUGUUAUUUCAUUUCAGGUGGUAAAAUGUUUUCUUUUUUUUUAUAUUAAUUAUUUAUUUGAAUUUUUUUACAAUAUUUCUAAUAUUGUAUUUAAAAAAAAAAGGCUUAAGUGGUGAAGAAUGUGUCCAUUCUUCCAUCUGAUUAAUCGUCAAAAUAAUUGAUUAAUCGUCAAAAUAAUCGAUUAAUCGAAACUAUCGUUAGCUGCAGCUCUAAAUAAAAUUUGCCGUUUUCAAACAGAAAUUAUCCUCAUUUAUGCAUCAAGUAUGUGUCUCUGGUUUUUAACAAAUAAGAAAAGCAGUAUAAACUUGUUUAAUACAAUAUUUACUUUGAAGGCACUUAAUGAGUCAGAGGUCAGGAUUCGACCUGCUAAUCAAAGAGAGAACUGGAAGUCGUAAUCGGUGUGAAACGAGUUCGUGACUCUGAAAGCCCAACACAACCGCUAACAACCAGUUAGGGACAAAAGCAUGAAUUUAUUUAUUUUUCUGUUUUUAGCAGCUUCAGAAGCCCCCUCUAUGCUCACAUCUUGAGUUUACUUGCUUUUCAUUUUUGUUGGAUUUUUGACGAAUAGGCAAAAGCUUCUGACUUUCUUUCCCCUCUGAACUCUUGAUUCUCUGCGCUGACAUUUUGCCAAUUUUCCUCCUUUUUUCUCUCAGACAUGCAAAGAAAGGUUGCAGUGCAGAGACAAUCUAUAUGAGGAAACCUGCACCCCUGUUACCUGUUGUGUAUAAUGUUUUUUAGAAACUCACUAUUUUUGGAUUAAUUUGUGCUGGUGACAGUUCAGACGUCUGUUUAUUAUGAUGAUGAUGAUAUUCUGGAGCUUUUAUUUUAUGGCUAUAUUUUUGUGUAGGAUAGCUGUUUUCGUUCCACCUCUUUAAUCUUCCUUAUCAUAAACAUAUAGUACUGGUUUCCUUUUUUUGUUUUGAAACAACUUGCUGAAAAUUGCACGAUCAGUUCUUGUGGUAUUAGCAAAUGCAACGAAGGAAAUACCAGUUAAAUGCUGCAGUUUUAAUUAAGAUAUAUAGAAUAUAUUUAUAAAACGGGAAAACAACAGAAAUUAGUCAUUCAUGAAAUAAAAAACAAAACAUGUAAAUGCAUGGGACACAGGUAACAGCUAAGCUUAUGUUACAUACAGUAAUGAUAAGGACAUGCAUCAUAAAUGAGUUAAAACAGCUCAGAAUAAUGUAGCAUAUGAAAUACUAAAGAUGAAAUUUAUAGCUAAUAUAUUGUGUCGAGCUGGUCUGCUUUGGGUUUUAUUGUAAAGAAGAUAUUUCUUUUUUUUUGUUCUUUUUGUUUUUGAGAAUGAUAUACAGUUUGUGUAUAUUUUCAUAUACAAAGUAUGCACUGAUAUGUUAUUAAAAUUCUAUACCGCUUUUACAAAAAAGUGUUUGUUGUACCAAAGUAUCCAAGUCCCUUGAAACCUUUAUCCUUUUUGCGUAUGUUUUACCGUAUUUUAUAUAUUAAAUAGACAAACUGAGUGAAAUGA